UCUGGCUGUCUCUCAGACUUCCGGGUCACCCUAGGAGGACGGCUUAGUGAGGAAACACACACACUGCUCUUCUCUGCCCCUGGGAGACACGGUCUCCUCUCUCUCCCUCUCUUUUGCUCUCCCUUGAGACCGAGGAAUUUGCCACCAGUUUUUUCAUCUCUCGCUGCUAUUAUGUUUUUAUGAAGAGACUAGAAACCAACGAAGAGGCUGCCUAGGAGAGGAGGGAGGGCUGUUCUGAGACCGUCUCUAGAGCUUGCGAGAUAUCCCAGGAACUGCCAGGAUGGAUUCCAAAAGAGCAGCAGUUUGAGGUUCCUGGAGGAAAUGGCCUGUUACCAGUCGCUUGGUCAAACACAGCAUAGCAAAAUGGGAGGGCUUCUGAAGGCUGGACAAAGUGUCUUGACCCCAGGCAGAGGAGAAGAAAGCUCAACUCCAGGAUCAUCGCUGUUGAGGAUCCUCCUGGUGGGCAAAACAGGCUGUGGGAAAAGCGCCACUGGAAACAGCAUCCUCCAACGACCAGUGUUCGAGUCCAAGCUGCGGGCCCAGGCAGUGACCAGAACGUGCCAGGCAGAGGCCGGCACAUGGAAUGGGAGGGAACUCCUGGUGGUUGAUACACCCCCCAUCUUUGAGUCCAGGGCCCAGACUGAAGACGUGUACAAAGACAUCGGGGACUGCUACCUGCUCUGCACCCCAGGGCCCCAUGUGCUGGUCCUGGUGACUCAGCUGGGUCGCUUCACGGCCCAGGACACGGAGGCAGUGAGGAGGGUGAAAGAGGUCUUUGGAGUGGGGGCCAUGAGACACAUGGUCAUCCUCUUCACCCACAAGGAGGACCUAGAGGACGAGUCCCUGGGUGAUUAUGUGGCCAACACAGACAACCGCAGCCUGAGGGGCCUGGUCCAGGAGUGUGGGAGGAGGUUCUGUGCCUUCAACAACCGGGCCACGGGGCAGGAACAGAGGGCGCAGCUGGAGCAGUGCAUGGCUGUGGUCGAGCAGCUGGAGAGGGAGAACCAGGGAGCCUUCUAUAGCAACAGCCUCUUCCUGGAUGCCCAGAUGCUCCAGCAGUGUGGGGACAGCACCUCUGGAGAGGGGUAUGCGCAGUACCUGGCAAAGGUGAGACAGCAGGUGGAAAAGCAGAGGCAAGAGCUGAAGGCGAGUGAGAGUGACUGGACGCUCAGGGCGUUCCGCACUGUCUAUAACCGGGCAGUUUCACAUUUAGAGAUUUGUGUUGGUAUUGUUUGGUGCAGCUUAUUUUUUCUUCUUAUCGUUUUGAUCCUUGUUUAUCUUGUUUAACCUUUGUAUUUUAGAGCAUGUUCUUAAGUAUCACCACAUAGAUUGAUUGUCCAAGUGUGGUCAGGUCUGUCAGCCAGACUGACAUCGUCUUGUUAAAUCAAAAAUUGGUUUUCUCUCAGCCUUAGUUUGAGAUAGGAGCUCCAAGAAGACAGAUGGUUAACAUGGAGCUUGAGACGACGUUCCACCCCAGGUAGAAGCAGAACUGCCAUCUUGGAGAUGAAUUGUUUGAUUGUCCUCCUCAAUUAAAACUGAAACUCAGGCCGGCAGGUGGCAUGGUGGUUGAGAACGCUGGCCUCCCACAUGGCUGACUGCAGUUCAAGUCCUGGACCUGGGAGCUUGCUUUCUCACUCCCCCCCUCCCCUCGCUCACUUUGUCCCUCUGUGGUCAAAUUAAAAU